CCAGCCAGCAAGGUCGGCUGCUUAUCUGCUCUCCGCCAAUCAUGGCUGGCCUGACAGCUCAGCCGAGCAACACCCUCGUCGGGCAAGCUUCGUUGGUCAGUACACGUGGAUCGUCCGCGUGCGUCUGCUCGCAAGCAACGAGUCGCGCCACUGUCUCACCUCCUUCGUUUCCAGGAUCGCUAAGGCGGAUAUCUCCGGCGAUCCCGCGGGUUGCGGUACGAAGCUUCUCUCGUCCUUCCCUCUGUUCGAAAUGGCGACUCCCCGUUUCCGCGGCGUCCGCCGCCGACGCUAAUAACAGCAGAAGCUCCGAGAAUGUCGGACAGGUUGCAUCUGAACAGGGCGUUUCUGGACAGGUUGCACCUGCUGCUGCUGCAGUACCAGGGGGGACAACCUAUAGCCGGGACGCUGAUGCUGCAGCUGCAGCUUCUAGGGCCAGUCGACACAGGCCCGGGCAGAUGGAAUUUGUUCCCGGGCAGGAGGAGUUCCGUCCCACGCGAAAAACGGUGCUGGCGUUUGCUGCGGUGGCCCUCAUUCUCUUCCUCAACCGCCGCUGGUUGCUCAACGAGCUCAUCCGCUCCUCCCUCCUCAUCCUCUCCCUCUUCACCGCUGCCUGUGGCUCCACUGCCGUUUUCCUCCUCUUCCUCGCACACUCCCUCCUCCUCCUCCUCCCCGACCCCAUCCUCACUCCCCUCACUGCCCUCCUCUCGCUCAUCGCAUCCGGCGCCGAAUUUCUGUAUUUCGCUCUUCUCGCUCAAUUUGACAUCAUGCCAGUCGGUCCGGUGAUUAUCAACUCGCUUCUGGUUACCGCUGUUGUUACUGUAGCCCAGCGAUUCGACUCCGACCCUGAGAGACUUAACGGCCCGCUGUGGCUCGCUGGAGCUGCGGCUGUCGCCCUUGUGACAGGUGUCACUCCAGGAUUGGUUUUCCUCCUGAACCUGAUCAUCCUGACAGUGUUUGCUGCUGUUCGUGCCGUCAUUUCCUCCUCAGCGCCUGCUGCUUCGUCAUCUUCCCCAUCAGCUGCUUCACCCACUCUCGCCUCCUCCUCCGCUUCCUCAACCACCACCAAUGGUCUAGCUUCGGCCGGACCUAACUGGCUGUCAGUGGUGGCGCCAGCAGUGGCAGCGAUUGCCGGAGCAGCAGAGAGCCUUGGAGUUCGGUUGGUGGUGGUGGGGGUGUAUGUGGCACUCGCAGUGUGGCUGCACCAUUCGGGGCGAAUUACACUGCAAAGAGAAACUGUCACUGCCGCUGGAGCAGCAGCACUGGGGAAGAGUGUCAAGAAGUGGAAGCUUCAACCGUUGAGUUUGGUUCAAGGGGUUCUGGCGUUUGCUGGGCUGGUAGCUGUCUCAAGAUGGGGCAACAGUGCCUUUCUUGCAUGGAUGGCACUCUGAUCUUUGAAUAAUGAUUGUCGCUUGUUCUGUUGUCAUGCUUUAUGUUGCAUGUUGUUUUUGUUUCCAGCGUUCAUUCCGCGUUAUACUUCAUUC